AUGCCAGUUCAAAUAUUAAGCGACUUGCGUGGCAGAGAGCACUUGCCUCAAAAGCUCGCUCACCGAGACGACUCUGUGCUUCCACGUAGCCGGGCUAUCAAGCCUGCCGCCGUUUCCAUACGCAAACCACUCGUGAAAAGUCGAUUGGCAAUGGUACCAACGGAGAAAUUGAGGCGCCUUCCGAGCGACGAAACCGUCUUCUAUUCGAAUAUUUGGUCGGCACCCGAGACUUCACGCGACGUGUUUGCUAUCAAGAAGUCAAAGCUACUUGUGGACAUCAGCCAGGUCGCGUAUGUGUUGACGACGCUCGACUACAAGAGUGGCUAUGAGAAUUCUAGUAACGCCGAGCUUACUAAUAUCUGGGCGUCGCUGGAAUCGCAACAGAACGCUAAACGUGCUGCAAUGAUUAACACGACGCAGCAGAUCGCCAGCAACCUAUCGACAUCCAUUUCCAAGCACAGCAGUGAGACAAGCUCAUCGGAGGUCACCAUGUCUAGCGCUCUGAGCCUGGGUCCUUUGAGAAUGGAUGCCAACACACUCCGAAGAGAGGUAUGGUCAGGCGAUUUUUCCAGUGUAAUGAGCAUUUCAGUAUCAGCACCGUUUCGGAAAGGUGCGAACGUGGUGUUCUCGAGUGUGUUAACGCAUGACGAUGAAGUGGACAUGAGCUGGAACUCGCAGUUUUUACUGGGACUGCACGAGCCGGUUCGCCAUGCGCUUUUUGUGAUGGAUCGGUUUUUAGAGCGCAGUCGUGGCUUGAAGUCGCCCAUGAAUUGGAACGUGCGCGAGUUUUUCAGCUGGUUUAAACUACACUUCGUUGAAUUUGUUCGAAACCAGCAAGAUGUGAAAACAACAGUUCUCCUCCCGCUUGUGAUCAUCAAGGUUGUGGAGAAACGAGACAUCACCGUCUUCUAUCAAGCUAUUUUCGCGCUGGUGGAUGUGAUCAUUGCGCAUGAGGCCCAGCUGUUAUCGGCUGUGUCGACAGCUGACUCGUGGCAGACUGGUCUGACUAUUCUGCAGGAUAACAUUCGGCGCCUCAACCACCUACUUCUCAAUGUACUGGCAUUAGAGGAAGUAGCAUUCCUGCCUGCUAUUGAAUACGCAUUUACAGAACAUGCUUUCCAUCGAUACGUCAUGCCGCGGGUCUUCCGCGCGACUAGACCGAAGCGUAUUAUGGUCCCAUGGAUUGUAGAGAGGAGCCGUGUCUGGGGUGGCACCAAAGUCGCUAAAGCGUACAAGGAUGAUGUAUCAUUUAGGGCACGAUUCCUGUACGACCACGUGUGGCAUCCUUAUUAUGAAACCAAUGUCGCAUCGGCCAUGAAGCAUCUAGACAACGGUAUGGAAGGCGCAACUGAGAAGGGUUCGGACGAUUCGUGGCUCGGGUGUGCGAUCAUGUAA